CGGAUGCUAGGAAGAGAGGCGCCUUUUCUGAGUUCAUGUCAAAACACUCGCAUGUGUUCAAUUGCUUACUUUUACUCAAGAUAACUCUGUAACCCGCAGUGAAACACUGACCAGGAAAAUCCCUCGGCAAGGUCCAACAUUUCAACAUGGCCUCCAAAAAGAAGCGAACGCCAAAUGUACAAAGCGACAGCUGGGUCGUCAUUACAGCAGACUCCGCCAUAGACGCACAGGGGAAGGACAGUGACCCAAGUUUUGUGAGACUACGGAAUCCCGCAACAGAUGCAGCCUCUCUGUACUUGCUAGGUGGUGGCGAUGGCGUGCUGCAGCUUUAUGAGGUCAAAGCGUUUGAAGAGGAAUUCCGCUCCUGGUUUGUUGGCCAGACAGUACAGAGAGAUGGGAGACUUCUUUUUGUCACACCGAUGGAUCCUCUGUACCUUAUUUUACCCUAUUUGAUCAAAUCUGGAAAAGAAGGUAAGUUCCAGCCUGUGGCGCAAAUGGUGAUGGACGAAGACUUUCCUGCAUGCACCAAGUUGCUGAGCUGCUCACGCUCUCAAGCCUCCAUGCAUCACAUUGCAGAUGAAAAAGAGGUAGGAAGUCUCAAGUUUCACCGAUACAAUCAGGAAAAAACCAUGACUUGGUUAAAGAAAAAGGUGGAAAAAACGGUCCCGAUGCUGAAGAAUAGGAACAUCUCUGUGGGGGGUGCCAUUAAAUCCACCACAUACGUUCGAGUCAAGACCGAGUCGGACUCAAGCAAUGAGGACUACCUCCGCUAUGCACACGGCCUAAUAUCAGAGUACCUCAGUGAAGACCUGAGCAAAGACCUCCUCCGUCACCUGCAGUUACCAGAGAUCACAAGUCCAAAGGAAACUGAGCCACCUUCAAAGAAGCGUAAACUGUCCGACAAGCCGGUGGAGGCAGGAGAGGACUACACCAAAUUCAACAGUGAAGACUUUGUGCGCAAACCACCAAAGAAGAUGACGGCAGCUCAGAAAAGUCUGGCAAAGGUGGACAAGACUGGGAUGAAGACGAUGUCGUCCUUCUUCAGCCCCAAAGUCAAAAAAUAAUGCACGGUCCAAUACCAUUGACCUUGUUGGUGGGGGUCCUUUUAUGCCAGCAACUCCAAGAUCUUUUUACACAAGUAAGAUUUUGAGAUUUACUAGUAUUUUUCCAUGAAUACAGAGGACAAAAUGCAUGGAUGACAUAUUAAGUAGUUUGAAUGAAAUAUUUUUUUUCUUUCACAUCUAUGGGUGAAAAAAACUGUUCAAGCUGCCCUUGAAGUUUUUUGGUAAAGUUACAGUAGGACUGGAAAAUAUUCUCGCCUUCCAGUCAGUCUUAACUGCUGAAGGACAUUGAUGUCUCUCGCCUUUUAUGUCGCACAUUCCUAAU